AUGUCGACCUCACGAGAGGGCCCAAAUCCCUUGCGGCCAUACUACAGGCCUCCAUCUAUUGGCCUCCCGCAAGACACACCAGGCGCGACCAGCUCUGGAACUCAUGGACUUGGCCCAAAAAAUGGCAGUGCAGCAUCCUACGCAUCAUCUGCACGCGACAUCUUCUCUGAUGUCGACUACAGUGAUUACUUCUCCUCAGACUCCGCACCAUCGGGUAUGGAAUCGGUCCAGAAGAUGUUCAACGACAAUUUAUACAGGUACUUUAGCGUAUUGCUAAGCCAGCCUUUCGAUGUCGGGAAGACCGUCCUGCAGGUCAGGAGUCAGGGAGCAGCAGGGACAACACCAGUUUCCGUGGCAGAAGAUGUGCGAUCAAGGGCGUCAAGUUAUCGGGGUUCAGUGUAUAGUGAUGAUCAAUACGGUUCAGACUCCGACGCAGAUGAACCUGCAUACUUCACCUCCUCAGCUCCAUCCGCACACUCAUAUACCCCUUCUCGAUCUCGACGGCGGAAUAGUGACCGAUCUCUCUCACCUCCACCUCGAUCGCCCAAAACCAUUCCGCCUUCACACCAGCUUUCACUAAAGCGAGCCGACUCCUUACUAGAGGUGAUCUCUCAGGAAUGGACAAAAGAAGGAGCAUGGGGGGUUUGGAAAGCAACGAAUGCUACAUUUAUCCAUUCCCUCCUGCUUACUACCCUAGAGAAUUGGUCAAGGGGCGUUUUUUCUGCUAUAUUUAACGUGCCUGAUCCAGGGGCAAUAGUAGGGCUGGGAGCUGUAACUGAUGUGAUCGAUACUCCCUACCCCUGGGCAUCCCUUGGAGUAGCAGUGGCAGCUUCAGUUGUAACUGGCCUUCUUCUGGCACCGUUGGAUCUCGUCCGAACCAAGCUCAUUUUAUCGCCCGUUUCCGACCCCAACCGCUCACUCACAUACAACCUCCGCACCCUUCCAUCUUACUUCUGCCCUACACCCUUAAUUAUACCCACCGCCCUCCACAACUUGAUAACCCCAACCAUAGCCCACUCCACACCCCUACUGCUCCGCUCCCACCUGGCCAUCGAUCCGGUCCUCACCCCCACCGCCUACAGCCUCUGCAAAUUUCUCUCCCGCGUCGUCGAACUAUUCAUCAAACUCCCGUUUGAGACCGUAUUAAGGAGGGGGCAGAUGGCCGUUCUCUCUUCGCAAGAGUACUCCGCUACAGGAGGGCCGAACAUGCAGACAAUGGUGGAGGUAGGACCGUACAGAGGGGUCUUUGGGACGAUGUGGAGUAUUGUGCGGGAGGAGGGUACCUCGAGCCAGGAAAUUGCGGUUGGUGCGGGAGCCGGGAAGAUGGUAAAGAGAGGCAAGAAGCCCGACAGGAAAGGACAAGGUAUCGAGGGUCUCUGGAGAGGCUGGAGAGUUGGCAUGUGGGGCCUGAUUGGUGUCUGGAGUGCCAAGGCUAUGAGCUCUAGCAAUACUGGUGGAGAAUUCUAA